AUGUGUGUGUGGGGGGGUGGUAUUUAAAGGGAAAAGCUGACAGUGCUGCUGAGUGAGGGAGAGGGUGCUGCGAGCUGCUGGGCUGCACACGCACACGCACACCGAUGCACACGGACCCGGACACAGACAUGGACACGGACACAGAAACCACAGCACUCUGCCCCUCUGGCAGCCGCCGGGCCUCCCCUCCAGGGACGCCCACGCCAGAAGCAGAUACCACACUACUAAAGAAGCCAGAGAAACUGUUGGCAGAGUUGGACCGCAGCGGGCUACCCUCUGUCCCUGGGGCCCCCAGACGAAGAGGCAGUAUGCCUGUCCCCUACAAGCAUCAGCUCCGGCGGGCCCAGGCUGUAGAUGAACUUGACUGGCCACCUCAGGCCUCAUCAUCUGGCUCCUCUGACUCCUUGGGCUCAGGAGAGGCAGCCCCUGCUCAAAAGGAUGGCAUCUUCAAGGUCAUGCUAGUGGGGGAGAGCGGCGUGGGCAAGAGCACCCUAGCAGGCACUUUUGGUGGUCUCCAGGGAGACAGUGCUCAUGAACCAGAGAACCCAGAGGAUACCUAUGAAAGACGCAUCAUGGUGGAUAAGGAGGAAGUGACUCUAGUCGUUUAUGAUAUCUGGGAACAGGGGGAUGCAGGAGGGUGGCUGCGGGACCACUGCCUUCAGACCGGGGACGCCUUUCUCAUCGUCUUCUCAGUCACUGACCGACGGAGCUUCUCCAAAGUUCCAGAGACCCUACUUCGGCUCCGGGCUGGGAGGCCGCACCACGACCUACCCGUUAUCCUUGUUGGAAACAAGAGCGACUUGGCCCGCUCCCGGGAGGUAUCACUGGAGGAGGGCCGCCACCUGGCCGGGACGCUGAGCUGCAAGCACAUCGAGACGUCGGCCGCACUGCACCACAACACGCGGGAGCUCUUCGAGGGCGCGGUGCGCCAGAUCCGGCUGCGGCGGGGCCGAAGCCGCGCCGGGGGCCAGAGGCCCGAGCCGGGCAGCCCCGAGGGUCCUGCACCGCCCGCACGCCGCGAGAGCCUCACCAAGAAGGCCAAGCGGUUCCUCGCCAACCUGGUGCCGCGCAACGCCAAGUUCUUCAAGCAGCGCUCCAGGUCGUGUCACGACCUCUCGGUGCUCUGAGCCGCCGUCGCCAUGACCACUGCGGUCGCCAUGGUCACCGCGCCCUCCGCUCGUCCCCCCCUCGCCCCACCCCUCCCCGCCCCCGUCCGGCUUCCUUGGUGGAGGCCGUCUAGGAAACCAAAAACUCCCAGGAUGCCCCGGUGUGACCGCGGGGGGCGGCCCGGGGCCGCUGGGCGGUACCUCCACACCCGCCCCCACGCGUUCUCCGGACCUUCAGGCCUCAGGGCGCCUAGAAGGCAAGGACGCAGACCUGAAGGCGGCCGGUGAGCGGGGCGGGUUCUGCUGGGUCGGGAAGAAAAAUAAUUCUGCAAGGUAGUUUGUUUUUUAUUAAUUCGCGCUUGGCCACCUCAUCUGUAAAGAGAUUCUAAAAGCGAGAUCUGGAAAAGUGCUUUGUAGACUCCUUGACGGAGUUUGCCUCCUUUGUACGCUGCGUGAACAUGCCUCACCUUUAAGAGAGUCUUAAAGGUAAAGACACGGAGACCCUUCCUCCAGGGACCUUCCUGAAAACGUUCUGGCUCUCAUCUGCUGCCGUGUGUGUCCACUUUGCCUUUAAGGAGUUCUUAAAGGCAAGGGCCUGGAAGCCCUUGAUUCACUUGACUUACUAGUCCACCACGGCACUUCCCCUUUAAGAUUAUUAAAGGUAAGGGGUGGACAGACUUUCUGCAUUCAGAAACUGAGCAGUGGCAACCCCUUUGGGCCAGGGCCCAGGGGGCACCAGCAAGAGGCCACCCUUUCCCUUUUCAAUAAAGAAUUUUUGUACUGCAUCUG